AUGUCCGCAAAAGUUGCUCUCGUGACGGCCUCCAGCGCCGGCCUCGGCGCCGCCACAGUCAAAGCCUUAGCCCCCUACUUCCGCGUCGUCGUCAACUACCACUCGCGCGCCGAAAAGGCCGAGCAAGUCAUCCGCGAAGCGUCGCAAAUCCCUCCCGCCGCGGCCGACUCCUCCCCCACCGAGGAGCCGCGCUUCCACGCCAUCAAAGCCGACGUCUCGCAGCGCAGCGAGAUCGAGCGCCUCGUCUCCGAGACCGUCGCCACCAUGGGCCGCCUGGACGUCGUGGUCAGCAACGCCGGCUGGACGCGCCUCACCAACUUCUUCGACAUCGACCAGCAGGUCAACGAGGCCGACUGGGACCGGUGCUUCAACGUGAACGUCAAGUCUCACCUGUGGCUGCUUUACGCGGCGAAGCCGCAUCUCGAAAAGUCCGAGGCGGGAGGCGGCGCGUUCGUCACGGUCGCCAGUCUCGCGGGUGUGAGGCCCUCCGGGAGUUCGUUGCCCUACAGCGUGACCAAGGCCGCGGAGAUUCAUCUCACAAAGGGGUUGGCGUUGAUUUGUGGGGCCAAGGUGCGGUGUAAUAGUGUGAGUCCGGGCUUGAUGAUGACCGAGUGGGGCAACCAAUUCCCCGAAUCAAAAGUCAAGGCUACGGUGGAGAAGUCGGCGCUCAAGGGCACGGCGACCGUCGAAGACGUGGCGGAUCAGAUCAGGACGUUGGUGCUGAGUAGGUCGAUUACGGGCCAGAAUAUCGUGAUAGACUGUGGGAUUGCGGUAUAG